AUGAACUUCGCAGUGGACAAAAAAAAGCUUCCCAUCGAAGAGGUGCAUGAACUGCAGGUGGGAUCUGUGUCGUAUGUGGAAGGGAACGACAGCCUCAGCACUGGGAAAGACAAUACAGAUCUGGCAGCACGUAUUGAACGCAGAAAGCUUCUGCCGCGUCAGGUGUCGAUGAUUGGUAUCGGUGGAGCUAUCGGAACCGCCCUCUUCGUGUCUAUUGGUGGGAAAGUGCUGCAAGGCGGACCCGCCUCGCUUCUCAUCGCCUUUUCUCUGUGGUCUGUGGUUUUCAUUGGACUGUCAAUUUCUAUGUGUGUAAUGGCCACGUUUCUGCCAGUGACAGGAUCGUUCGUGCACUACACCGAAAGAUUUGUGGACAGAUCGUGCGGAUUUGCAGUGGGCUGGACCUACUUCGUUUGCCAGGCCGCAAAUGUGUGUUUUGAGAUCACCGCCGUGUGUCUGGUGAUCGAGUAUUGGACUGAUAAAAUUCCUAAAGCGGUGAUCAUCAGUGUGCUGAUUGCAGGCUUCGCAUUGCUCAACUUGUAUUCGGUGUUUUUUUUUGGUGAGGGUGAGUUCUAUCUGUCGAUCGGGAAAGUUGUGCUAGCCAUUGGGCUCAUCAUUUUCACCAUUGUUGCCAUGUCGGGCGGUAACCCUCAACACAAAGUCCUGGGGUUCCGCUACUGGGAUGAACCGGGCGCUUUUGCCGAAUAUAUCACUACUGGAGCAUCUGGUAAAUUCAACGGUUUUAUGGCCUGCUUGGUCUUCGCCCUGUACGUUUUUUGGGGUGUUGACUAUCUGGGAAACGCUGCAAGUGAAGCCAUGAACCCCAGAAAGGUGAUUCCAGCUGCUUUCAAGAAAGUUUUUGGUCGUUUGAUCAUCUUCUACAUCGGCGGCGCCAUUUGUGUUGGUGUGCUAAUCCCGUUCAACGAUCCACUUUUGAAAAAGGCCCUAGAAGACGGAGCCACCGGAGCAGGUGCUUCGCCAUACGUGUCUGCUAUGAAAAGCUUGGGUAUCAAAGUUUUGCCGCACAUUGUUAAUGUGCUGAUUUUGACCUCGAUUAUUUCUGCCGGUAAUUCCUCUUUAUUUUCGGCCUCCCGGGUAUUACACCGUUUGGCCAUCGAAGGCCAAGCCCCCAAGUUCUUCAAAAAAGUCACCAAGAGAGGUGUUCCUAUCUACUGUUGCAUUUCGGUCUUGUUGAUCUCUGGAUUGGCCUACUUGUCCGUUUCCAACAACACCAACAAUGUACUGACGUGGUUUUUGAACGUGGAAACGGCGGCAAUGGCCAUUACCUACAUCUUCAUCUGUGUCGCAUACUUGCGUUUCCGCGAAGGCUGUCUCGCCCAAGGAAUUGACCUAAAAACUUUACCAUACUAUAGCAAGUUUCUGCCAUAUGCCACAUGGCACUCGUUGUUUUGGCUAGUGCUAAUGCUUCUUGUGAGCGGUUAUACGGUUUUUUUGCACGACAACUGGGAUACACAAAGUUUCGUCUUCUCCUACUUCAUGAUUCCUUUUUUCAUUGUAUUCUUCCUCGCGCACAAGGUUUACUUCAAGACAAAGUUUAUCAAAGCAGACGAUAUGGACCUCGUAUCGGGAUUACAAGAACUCGCCGAAGAGGAUGAGUACUGGGCUGCUAACCCACCAAAACUUAACUGGUUUGACCGCGCGUUCAGCUUCAUUCUGUAG